UUUUUAUUUCCUUUUUUAUUUUUAUAAAAUAAAUUUUAUUUCCGUAAUUUUCCCCCGCUUAAUACAAUUUCCAUUGCUUAUUUCAUCUGUCCUCUAUACACCACAAAUUCUAAUUUAAUUGAAUUUUGAUUUUAAACAUUCUCAGAAAAUUUUUUUAACUCAAUUUCAUAUUUAUUUUAUUAAUUUUCUCACUUAUUUUUCUCUAUAAUUUUUCUCAAAUUUAAUUUAAUAAAUUCAGAAUUCCUCUAAAAUUACAAAAAAUGUGGAUAAGGCGGAAUAAUAUAUUUGCCCGUAAUGGCCAAAACAACGGCGUCGGUCCAAAUAUUCAAUCACCAAAUUCAACACCCUUCAAUCCCAACCAUCGUCGUUACCGUACUUGUUGCUGCCAUUCUAAAACGUUUACCUUAUCUUUUGGAAUGGUCGAAUUAUUUUUGAUUUGCUUCGUUUUGGUAGCUAUUGGUCCUGAUUUUAAUAAUAAAUAUUGCUUAAAUCAUCAUCUUAAUGAUACUCAUUUUAUUCAAUCUGUUUCACCUCCACCACCUCCAGAUUCGCCUCCUCCACCUGAAAAUUCACCUCCUUCCCCUCCGCUUCCCCCGCCAGCUCCAGAAGGUCCCCCUCCUCCUCCACCUUCAACUGACUUCAAUAACAACACUAAUACACCUCCAGAAGCACCAUCAGAAGCAGACAGGCCAAUGGCCAGAAGAAGGAGGAAACGUCAAUUAAUUGAGGAGAAUGGCCCUAGUGGCUUACCCCAAUCUUCUGCUCCUGAUGUUAUGGCCUUAAUUGGUCAAAAAUCGCCAUUAACCGAAGCACCUCCAAAUAAUGAUGAAUCCCCUGAAAAUAGACCUGUAAUUAAUGAAAGUGAAGAAAUUGGAAAAAUGGAUGAUCAAGAAAAUUUAAGUGUGGAAAAGGGAAGGAAUAGUUUCUCAAAAUGGCUAAAAUAUACUACCUGUAAUUUAACUGUAUUUUGGGUUGUAUGGAUCAUUUUACACAUGUUAUCAAUAGGUUUAAUUUGUUAUGGGAUACGUAGACAACUUUGGCUAUUAAUUAUUCCUCAUCUUAUUUUUAGAAUUUCUUGGAUAUUAAUUAUUUCAUUAAUUAUUGCUUCCAUUAUUUCCUCAUUAUUUACCCUUCCCCAGAAUGAUCAUCUUCUUGGUCAUGUUAUUCUUUGUAUAUUUUUAUUCGUUCUAUGCCUGAUUAUCUGCCUUUUUGUGAAAUCGGAAAUUGCUUGUAUUCUCUUUGUCAAGCGUUCAGCAGAAACAGGCUUUUCAAUUUCAAACACUAGACCCUUCGCUCCUCCAAGUGCAGUUUCAAACUCAGACGGGAACAGGCCCAAUGAACAAGUCAGGAAAAUUGUUCACACUUCAAUCAGAAAAGUACCCGGUCCGAGCGCCAGAAGAUACCAACAAGAAAAUUUAACAGACAACCAAAAUGUGAAUAAACGAAAUUCAGUGGAGGACGAGAAUAAUAAUAUCUCUCAAAUGACAAUGACUACAUUAGCUGCUGUAGGUGCUGGAACUGGAACAAGUAAUAAUAGCAGUAAUUCAACAACUAGACCUUCUACAGCUGGGAGUUUAAUGCAAACUAAUAGAAGUGGAAUAAUUAAAGGUGGUUAA